AUGUCAGCCUCUCUUGGCCAGACCGCCAGCAGUGUACCGGACGCAUCCAACGUGCGGUGGCAAUUCAUCGACUCUUCGAACAAUAGUCGAACCAACUUAACCCAAGUGAAGCGUCAUGUUAUGCAGGAAUACAUGCGUCAAAAGAAAGUUGUCGCCCGUCAAAGUGAAAGUGAAGAGGAGACACAACGACCAAAACGUGGAAGACCCAAGAAGACUCGGAGUGCGCAACGAAGAUCAGACAAAUCAAACGGUGAUAUCAACAUCCAACGCCGAGCAAGGAGAGCAACCAGAAAACAAUCUAUCCGCAAAGAAGACCUCAAUGUCGAGUUCAGGUACGAUGUGUUUGCUUCAAAAGCUAUCCCGUCAGACCUUCCAUCGAUCGAAUCCAAUGACACGCCUUUGUUUCUCCCUUUCCGACAGUCUUCUGUCCACCCUCAAGGUGUUCCUCUCCCACUGGAUGGCUUUGUCGAUGUGCAUCCACAAAGUUAUCCAAGCCAUGAUCUAUGCCUUGACAGUUUCUCGUGGCCAUCGUCUUCUGCGAUCCCAUACCAGUUCAUGCCACCACCAAAUACGAUCACCAGCGAUGCGAAAAUUGGCACCGUCAACACUCUUUCCAUACCUGCAGAUCAAGAUGAACACGGGAUAUUUGACUCCUAUGUAUAUGAUAUGCCAGCUUCCUCCUAUGGAUCCUUUUACCGGUCUCCCACAGCCCACAAUGGUGAUGCGUCGGCUUUUGUGUCUGAGACAAUGAAAGACGAAACUCAAAAUCCUCUUCUUCAUGUAGAUCGAGCUGUCUCCAUGUUUCAGGAGCAACGCGCUGUCAACCCCCAUGGCAUCUCCGACGUUGCAAUCAUUUCCUGUCUGAGUGCCGCCGCCUUAGAGGACUGCGAUCCCCGACCAGGCCACAAGGAAAUAAGCCGAGUGCACAUGCGAGCUGCACGCGAGAUGAUACGAGCGCGUGGUGGACCUGCUGCAUUUACCAACACUCGCAUCGGCAUGAUGAUCAACUGGCAAAACUACCUCUUGCCGAGAAAUGAGACCCACGAACCCAGCGUCUUCUGUGACUACGACCAACCAGCCUCAUUGUCCUCUGAGUCUCUACCAACACUGCCGCAGUCAAUCCCAAACCCUCACUCAAUGCCAUCUCCACCUUAUUCCACCGCCUCAGCCUUCUCUGAACUCUCGCCCAGCCCCAAACCUCAAACAAUGCUCCCAUCACACUCAGAAACAAUCCCAAUAGACGAGAUCAAAUUCCAAUGCGAGGAAUUCUUCGACUUCCUCCGACGCUGCGAACAACUCGCCCGAUACAAACGCGACAACCCCCAAUCAUCAUACCUAAUCCGCCACACAGCAGUCCAAAAAACAUCCAUCCUCUACCAAGUUCUCGUGGCACCUCCAGACGCCCGAUUCAUAACCGUUAAUGACCGAAAACAAAUGGUUGCCCGCUUAACAGCGUUGAUGACACUCAAUGCCGCGAUGUGGGAUUACCGUAACACCCCUGCACGCGCAGCAAUAUUCCUCGGCACAAUCGAGAAAUCCAUGGUCGAUAGCGAAGUCGGCAUGAAUUCCUCCGUCGACGCCAUGCUCCAAACCUUGCUGAAAUGUAGCGACGGCACUCUUGAUAGGUGGCCUAGCAGUGCCGACAGCUUUGCUUCUACUGUUCCAGUAGAGGAGCUCCCAGACUUCUCUCAGUACUUCCCCACUGCUGCCUCGCCGUCAGCGCGUCCAUGGUUCGUGGGCCGUAUGCUGAAGGUUACUAGUCGGUUGGGUUCUUUGUCGUGGUACCGAGUCAAUGAGUUCUUGUUCUCGUGUUUGACACUCCAGGUACAGGAGUCGUCUACGGCUAUCUGGGAAGAGGAGCUUCGUCGGGAGAUUCUCGAUGCGCCGACUACUUGUGUCAUGCGCCCAUUGGAUUGGUGA